AUAGCUUAUGCUUUUAAGCUCCCUAGAGAACAUAAUUGGUCAAAAAGCCUUUCAAUUGCUUCUAAAUCUUUUUUAAAAUUAUGGCUGUAAAAAGGAUCUGAUGUGAAAUUAUCUCCUACAGGGGAGGUCAGUAAUGUAUCUCAAGGUAUGGGAGAGGAUUUACUGUUUUGUCCUAGCCUGCAAGAUCAUCCUGAACAAACAGUUUUCUGGUCAUUACUUUCUCCUGAUCAAAAUAGGAUUCACAGGCCUGUUGAAUCUUCCUUGUCACUAUCAUUCGGGUAAGUUCUACAUUUCUGCCAUCCCACGGUAAAACUGGUCUCUCUGUGAGAGUAGAGGACAGACAAGAGGGUCUAAUGAUCAGUAGUCAACAACGGGAAUCUAUCUUUAGAACCCAAAUUGCCUUUUGUAUAGUCUAAAGUUUUCUCCCAUGUUGUGUUUUAACUUCAUCAAUGGAGCAUAACAUAUUGCAUUUGCUUUUCAUUCCAAAAAUUUCCUUUCCAGCUCAAUUCAGCAUCCAUCUAUCGGAGUUCCACAAUCCACUGGUUUUGCAAUUGCAUCGUUGCAACCCAAUGUUUUGGAACAUCAAUUAUUCACCGUCUCAUCCCCCUUGCAGCAAAGUCAUUGCCUUUGAUUGAGUUGGUGGCUAAUCUUAUAAGGAGAGUUUGUAGAAAGCAUUUGUAAUUUAUUCUUUUUUCCUUCUUGUAAAGCAUUACCAGCUCAUAGUUUACAUGGCUGCCUGAUGUAACCAUCCGCAAUUGCAUCGGCAGAAUCUGGCCAGGCAAUCGCCUCUGGGAUGAAAGUUUUUAGAUUCCCAUUUCUCUUGAAUACAUAAUUGUACCUAUAUAGUUACCAGUUAGGAAAUCAAAUCUAUGUCUAGUUACAUAUAUGAAAAAUAUGAAACUACUUCCUCUUUUCCGAGAUAAAUGGUUUUUUUUUCU